AUGAACCGAAAGAGGGAACGACAAACAGCCAUGAGAAAGUAUUACCAGGCAUUUGUACACGGGGGAAAGAGCUUUAUUAGUGACGCCGACUGGCUGACAGCAAAAAGGAGUGAAAGAUGUAGCACGUGUUUCUUGUAUGAACUCUGCAAACGAAGGCGUAUUCAAUGGUUGUUGAACAUCAACGGCAGACUCCCUUUGUAAGUAAUUUAGUAAUUUUUUGGUUAUGAACCACAUAUAAACCUACCUCAACAUGCUAGGAAAAUUUCUCAAGCUAUCCUUGCCAUAGCACUAUAUCUCCAUCGUCAAAGCAAAUCUGCUAGAAAUAACUUUCCAACAAUUUUAGGGGAACAAAAACUUAUGGAUCAAUUCAGGUUUCUGGGAAACUGCCCACCUACCCCUUUCCUAACUCAACGUCAACAUUUGUGUCUCACUUGGGGAAAAAUGUUGGGUUAGGGGAGGGGUAGGUGGGUAGUUUCCUAGAAACCUGAAUUGAUCCAAACCUUUUAUACCUGUUUUCUGAAUUCUCUCGCGGUCUUUAUUGUUAUCUUAUUUGUCUGCUUAUCAGGAAUGUAAGGAGGAGGAUGUGCAGAAGAAAACUCGUCCGAGUAGCGAUUAAUGUUUACCCCGUAACUACAAUCAACAUACGAUGUGAUCCAAAUGCACCAUUUCGAACCAUUGACGGGGCAGCCAAUACAACAUUCAACCGACUUUUACCUGCUGAUUAUGGCAACUGCAUCUCAACUCUUCGCCGGGCGAGAAAUGGUAGAAAGCUUCCGAACGCGCGGGACGUAAGUCGAUUUGCCCAUGGAAGCAACGCGGACCGAACCAAUCCGAACUCUACAAUACUGACCCACUUGACUAUGAUUUUUGCACAGUUUAUGGAUCACGAUUUUACUUUGGGCCAGGGCCAAGGCAUUAACUGCGAGCCACCCACCAAAAAUCCCGAGUGCGUCAACAUAAGAAUUCCUAGAGACGAUGCAAUAUUCCGGAAUCGGGAAGUUAAUUUUAUCGAACUGGAGAGGGAUGCUCCUAGCAAGUCAGCCUCCUUCUGCAAACUGGCCCCUCGAGAGCAUACAAACACUCUAACAGCCUACAUUGAUGCUUCUAACGUUUAUGGAUCAACUGAGGAGGUUGCUGAUUCGAUUCGCGCGCCAGAUGGCUUACUAAGAGUUAUGGAGCAUCCAGAUGGUGUAAGGUUUAUGGAUUUGCUACCUGCACGUACCGAGACGCCGGAGAGUUUUUGUCCAUCGAUAGAUCCAAACAGACCGUGUUUUUUGGCAGGAGAAAGUAGGAAUAAUGAGAACCAAGGUGAGAACCGUAUUGCUUUGAUGUUCAAUGGUCUUGGUGAAAAGUGCCAAAAAUUGACUUUUUUCAACACAGAAGCUUCAAUUUAGGGUUAUUUUGUAACUUUCAGGUCUUAGUUCAGUCCACACCAUAUUCGUGCGCCACCACAACCGCAUCGCCACGUUUUUCCGUAAAAGGACAAGAUGGGGACCCGAAAGGAUUUACCAGGAGACCAGAAGAAUCGUCGCAGCCCAAUUGCAAGUGAUUACAUACAACGAAUUCCUGCCAUUAGUUUUGAGUGAGAGAACGGUAGGUUUUUUGCAUGAAAAAUAAUAAUAAUUACAAUAACAAUAGUGAUGAUGAUAAUGACAAUCCACUUGAAUUUGAGCCUGCGAUCAGUCGAAAACUAGUGACUUGUCAGCGGAUAACUUAAGAAAAACACGCAACCUCGAAGGGUCGACACCUUGAUACGGUCAUGAGGUACUGGUCAGCAGAUAUCCUGUUUUGACAUCUGUCAAUUGACCAAAUUAUGGAUGUGCAAUAUCAGGUUGCAGGCUCCCACGCUAGCUAGAAAGUGUAAGAUUUCACAUUGGUUCCCCUGUGGUGCGGACGGACAGGUGUUCGGACGGAUGGUCAGACGGACGUUUGGUCACGUGACUACCAAUAUUUCUCGGAUAGACAGAUGACCAAACUUUCUUAGCUAUGGAGCUGCGCUAGCGCGCGCGUGGAGCUCCGCUAUAACUUGUAGCUGUGCUAAUCAGGUUAUAAAACCCUGAUCCUGAAAAAAAAAACGUGAGAAUUACCCUAAUCCCACUCAAGCUGAAUCUCUUAAAGCGUUUAAACUGGCAGAAGUAAAGUGCAUUUUCAGCAGCAUAGUAAAUAUGAGGAAGUCAUGUACUAAACCUAUAUACGAGUUAAGGAACAGAGUAGAAGCCGUACCAUAACAAUGGGAAUUUUUUUUCACAGGAUGUGGUUUCACAUUAUUUGAAUGUCGGUUCAUUGGAGGAUCCUAUGUUUGCCGUGUUCAAUAUUGUUUUUUUUUUCCUAUUUUUGUUUUAUUUUCCUCACCACAUAAAAAAGGAAUGCUCUGACCCGCUCUAAAUUUAAAAGUAGAACAUGUUGCUCUGAUUAUAGAAGGAAAGCAAUUGUUGUUCUUGUUUUUUGCUGUUGUUUUUUUUUUUUCCGUUUUACACAGAUCACAAAGUUUGGUCUCAGGCUACUCACCGGAACGAGGUUUUUCAAUGGCUACAACAGAAGAGUUAAUGCUCAAAUGACCGCUGGGUUUUCCGUGGCUGCCUACCGAUUUGGCCACACCUUGAUUCAGGAGUGGUUUCGACGAUUCAAUCAACGUAGUUUCCAACACAGAGAAAAAUCAGAAUUUCGGCCCAUUCCUGUAUUGGACUUUGAAAAUCCACAGUACUUGUACGAGACAUGUCAGGGAGGUGUGGAUGCCAUUUUGAGGGGAUUAAUUAAGGAUCCCGCGGGAAAGGCUGACGGGUAAGUAAAUGAAAACUUACUUAAAUGCGGGUUCUUUAUCUACACAAGCAAGCUUGAAAAAUGGAACUAGAUUUGUGGAGGAGUGAAAAUGAUUGAAUUGCAGAGAAGUAGGAAGAAGGAGGGUUAAGUCAAAAAUAUGUUGUUGUUUUUUUUAACUUGAAAGAUUAAGUCUGCCUUCACCCUCAGACUAAGCAUAAUUCGCACGCUAAGAGAGAGUGACCCGGAACUGGAACAUUUGUUUCAUUCUGCAGUGGACAAUGAAAGCGGCAGAAAAUAGAAUUUGCAUAAUUACGUUAAGACACGCCACAGGCGAGUUAUUGCUUAUUCCCCCUUCGAGAACAAAAAUUAAUCAAUAAACACUUUUCCUAGUUUUUAGUCAACCAACCAAAAUCCAAGACAUUCAUCGAUCUGAAAAUAACUAAAAAAAAAAAAAACAUGUCAAACCGGUUAACCACCUAAAUUAAAAAUAGCACAGGAGCUUAUCUGAAUGUUAAACAUGAGAUAAAGGCAAAUGGCUAUGACGUCAUCGGCGUUAAUGUACUCUCCCGCACGUCAAAGAGAUUCUCUCGCAAAAAUGGAUAAAUCAGUGCGCCCUGUACUACUAUUCCAUUUAUUUUGAUCUGUAAUACAGUCAAUCGGACACGCCCUAAGUAUAACUGAAACCAUUUUUGGCGAAGUUUUGAUUGCCCUAGACACCACGACGUUACCUCGGUUAAGAACAAACAAUAGUGUGCUCUUGCCAUUAGUGUAAAAAUUGUUUUUUGCUUCAGGCAGUGGUCUUUUCAUGCCGAGUUUGGUCCACCUGUAAUGGAGGAAAAACUGCAUGUAACUGUUUCGAGAUUGCACUUUUGUUUUUGUCAUAAGAUUACUAAAUUAAGUAGUCGUAAAUUGAAAGCUUGGGAAUUUGUUUGACUUUGAUGGGUUAAUGAGGGUCUUAACAACCUCCUCCCUCCAUUUAACUAAGAUCUGACACCUGAUGGAAAUAGGGCAAAGUUUGCGGGUACAGCAUCUCCUGCCAAGUUUUAGUAAACCUUUGUUAAAUCGUUAGAAAACAUGGAGUUCAACAGAAAAAACGUUUGAGGUCGAGGAAAUGGUAAAUGUUUUUUUUUUUUUUUAAUUUAUGGAUUUUGCUAUUUAUAACAGGAGAUUUUCCAGCUCUGUGCAAGAAAACCUAAGAAGGGGUGAGAGCGAUUUGUCUGAUCUAAUCAGCAUCAACAUCCAAAGAGGGCGUGAACGUGGAAUUCCGGGAUACACUAAGUAUCGAAACCUUAGGUUAUGCGGACUGCGAAAGGUGAGAUCGUUCGACGACUUGGUACGAAUCGCCGGCUUUGCCCUGAGGGACGUGGCUAAUUUGAGAAGAAUUUACAGAAAUGUUCAUGAUAUUGACUUUUUUGUCGGUGGUGCGUAAUAUAAUAUCAUACCUUUCACUUUUAAAUUGUUAAUUUUUCAAUUGUUAAGAUUUAAAUAGCAGUUAUUUUCCUAAGUCAAGAAUUACAAGUUUGUUGAAGAUGAUAAUUCAGCCUUGAAAAUUCCUUAAGACCAGGAAAGCUCUGACAUACUGGCAAACUUCAAGAAAAAAAUUCUGAGCACUUUUCACUAACGAUAAGAGGUUGAAAAAGUGGAACAUUCCUGUUCGCGGACGUUUUCACCAGUGGGUCAGUCUUGGAUACCUUGCGCUUGAGCUAUUGAUAAUCCGUUUAUUUUAGAGAUCCAUCCUGACCAUUGGAUUCUGAACAUAGGAAAAGACCCUGAGGGACAAGUUUAAAACCAUUGUAUUCUUUCUUAUAUACGCACAUUGAUGAUGCAAGCUUUAUUUUUGAUUGCUCCCCUUCUCAGGAAUGCUAGAACCGAGACCUAGUGAUGGAGGAGUUCUGGGACCUACUUAUGAAGUAAAAGGCUACGGGAAUAUAGCGAACAUAGCAAGCUAGCAUUUUUUAGUAACCCUCUCUCGAAGUCAGGAGAAUGCCUGCCACCGCUGUUAAGGUUUCUUAUCUUCGAUAAUUUGAAAACGAUUGGCUUACACAAAUAACCUGCGCCUUUAACAUGCUGAUGGUCUAUUCCCUAAACAAGUUUUGCCCAAAUUUUGUGGCCGACUUUGGUUACUGGUUUUAAGCAUAUGACUUCAUGAUUGACAUCAGUUUAAGUCACUUUUAAGCUUAAAUGCGACUUUCUUGCACUUGUUAAUUCAGGAAACAGAUAAAGUGCCCUUGAACGCUGCAUAAUCCUUUAUUUCAACAUAUCUUAAAAGUUGAGCCCCCAAAAAAUAGUUAAUCUGAAUUGCAGCAAAAUUCACGAUGGCGAUCACUUUGCAGGACGUCACAAGUACCAAAAAAGGCGAUGUCUAAUAGGCCUUUUUCAAAAACAUCAUAAUACUCGUUGUUGUCCCUCAAAAAGUUUGCAUAAGCAUCAUUUUCAAAGUCUCUUGGGGCGAUUGGAAGAAAUCCUCAGUACAGUCAUCUCUAUCUAAUUAAAAGACGGACAUCUUUGUGACAGGCAUUAAAUUAUCCGUCUAAGUAUGAUGUCCGGUAAGAGAGAGUUGACUGAAAUGUGAAAAAUGAGCAUGUGUCCUUCGUUCCAGACCAAUAACACUUUGGUUUGUUUCUUACAGACUACCUGAGGAUGUUAACGAUCACUCCGAUAAUUUGGCAUACGAUGAUGUAUAACGCCGAGCCUUUAAUGUCAACCACACUAGCAAAGAAGUAACUUUACAGUAUUCUUGAUUCGAGUGAUUUUAGUUUAUUCUCAAUGUUUUUCAUGCUUAAAUAGCACUUUGAUUAAACGACCAUGCUAAAUAGCUAUUCUUAAAACGGCCAACUGCUAUGAAAAUUGCCAGGCAUCAUGUUUUGUGUAAAAAGGAAUUCAAUAAAUAUUUUGCUUGGCUAACGACAUGCGUGGUGUUUGUGUGUCUAAAUUUAUUUCCGUACUAAGAAAAAGCCCAUUGCCAUCUUUUCUUAACUCACCCGUGAUUUCUUCGAAUUAGAAAGAUGCAAAAGCAAUGAACUUGGAAAGAUUUUGAUUUUGACUUACAAUAAUUGAUCACGCUAACAUGUACACUUCCUUGGUAAUUUUGGAUCUUCUCCAAAAUCCAGAAAACAAACUUGUCUCAAAGAAAAAUUCUGAUGUACGACAUAUCAUCUAAGUAAUCAUGCAUUGUUAAUUGUCAAAAGGACUCUCGUUAUUUAUAGAAAUCCUCUUCUUAAGUCAGCCAAUCAGCAUCAACCACAAUCGGCGACAAAAAUAGUUGAGACACUUCGCCCUAGAGGGGCUUUCUGAGACUUUACUGACCUCCAGAGGGAAAAAAAAGCUUUUCCUGCCCCAUCCCCUCCAUGCAAUGUUAUGCCGCAGUUCGAGCUGCCUAUAGAAAACAACAAACACCCCAACUUUGAAUGGACUUUGUUCUCUGUGUAGUUACCCUAUUUGAGUACAAUGUCUCAACAAUUUUGUCGCCGAUUGCAGUUUUAUCCUCUGUGUUAUAAUCCCUAUUAGUUAUCACCAAAUCAGUGGAUAGCGAUUUUCGCGCGUUCUGAUUGGCUCCCGUAACUCGGACUAUCCUUGGAUAUUCAUUGUUUUAGGACGAGAUUCAAAAUGGCUUCUCGUUUCGCGAUAGUUUCGAAAGAUGAAAUUUUUGCGGUAAAUGAAGCUGCUGCACCCACAAAUACCAAGAAAGAGACAAAAUUUGGCUUGUAGGCAUUUACUGGUCGGUGGAAACAAAAUUUCUUUCUGAAUUUGCAUUAAAAUCAUAAAAUUGAUCUCCGAAACACUGUCAAUUGCAACGCAAACAAACUAUAACUAGGUGACGUCUUUUAUUUACAAAAAGUUCCUUUUUUAUUUUUAUCCAACUGAUGUGGUUAAUACUAAAACAACUACCCCUCUCAGGGUCGGUGGACAGCGCUAUAUAUAUCCACCACUAUUCACCUCCCCUUCGGGGGAUUGUUUUAUAUUAUUAGACUGAAACAUUGGAUAAUGCAAUUAAUUCUCGAGCUCUGGCUGGCUUAGCCAUCAUGAUACAUUAUACCAUGCUCUCCAAGUAUGAUAACUGUACGCGUCUGCUCAAAAUUAAAAACAAGCUGAAAAUCGGCUGUUCUUACAAAUUAAGUCGGGAACAAUUCUCGCCAUUUUGUGGACGUUUUAAAUGAAACAGUUAUUCCACUCGCGCUUGUUGGAUAUGAGAUGAUUAUAGCCAACUCGGUGCUACGCUCCUCGUUGGCUACCUGCCAUCUCAUAUCCAACGCGCACUCGAGGAAUAAUUGUUAAUUAGGGAAUAAUUUCACCUGCGUUUGGCCUAAAUUCUAAUAAGUUCCCUCGCCUAAAGGCACUGACGCGAAUUUGGACAAAACGGGAGUAAAAUUAUUCCAACUCUCCUUUCACUCAUCAUACAGUGCUAGUACGUAGGGAGCUUAAGCAACCACGACGGAGAUGUCAACGAGAACGGCAAAGAAGAAAUAGGUUUGGAUGAGCAAAACGACAACUUUGCACGUGCAUCACGCUUUUUGCACAUUUUUUUGCCGUCACUGCACGACUACGACAUGAAAAGACCUAAUUUCGCGUUUUGUGGAGGACGUAAAGACAAGACAACCACUUUCUUGUUCUUUUCCUGAGUUUUGAUGCAGUCUUUUAGAACUCAACUCCAGAAAAAAAAUUAUGCCAACAUUUGCCGAAUUGAACGAGAUGGAAUAAGCGCGAUAAAGUUUAAAGCAGCGCGACCUCUCUUUUUGAGUGACGUUUCUGUAACCGCACCAUCGUCGUUGCUUAAGCUCCCUUGUGUCAGAAUUACGACCGCAGGUAUACUGGAUUUUUCUUCAGAGAAAUUCUAGUGUUCUAUGGCUUUACGAGAUAUGCGUUAUUGGCCAAGCGUGCGGUCAAGAUGGCUGGAUAUUGGCCACGUUCUUUUUCGCGUUGCGUCAGUCAAUAAAAACGCUGUAAAGAACGUAACGAGGCCAAUAUUCAGCUAUCUUGACCGAAAAAGCUUGGUCGAUAAAGGAUUUAUUAUAUGGCCAAAAGAAGAAUUUUUCUUGCGGGACCAAUGCGGGAAAUCCCGGGAGGGCAAGAUUGGCCCAUCUUGCCCGCUCCAAUGGUUAUAUAUGCAGUGCUGGCGAGAUCUAUCGUAGAUCAAAACACAUCAAGUAAUCAGAGAAAGAUCGAUAGAAGGUCCAAACGUGCGUGAUCGGGUGACCUGCGUCUUAUGCUCUCCAUUAACUCUAAGUGGAAGUCCAAACGAAUGCUGGCUGCAUACGUGCCACGUAUGCGUAAUAGCACCCUGGAGAUUAGGAGUUUGGCAUCUAUUUUCGCCCACAAUGAUCGUUCCACUUGUAAUUUCAAGAGUAACUGGUACUCUGAACUUCUUUUUUUGUGCCGCUGCUAAGUACUUUUAAAAACGAAGUACGUGAGCAAACGUAACUCCAAAAAUUACGUGAGUUGAUUAUAACGAAAAAAUAUAUACUAAAGAAAUUUAGUGGCCAACAAUAGCGCUUUUGUUAUGCAUGAUCUGAUUUUUCCGCGCAAGAUGAUUGACAGCUUGUACUUCAAGUAAUAAUCUUGUGAACAAGUGUGAAGCCAUUGAUUGUUUUCUACACAGCGAUCAGGUUUUCAAGUGCUUUUGAAUCAAGUGUUUAAUUUCUUGAAGCUAACUUAACUUCUAGGGUGAAGUCAACAACUGUUGGCCUUCCAAUUCAAGUGCACCCUUAAGAAAAAAUGAAAACACUCGUAUAUUUAAGGUAAAAGUUGAAUUAAAGCCAUUGGAAAAACCGUGUACAAUCAAACCAAAACAAAGCAAAAGCGUCAUAAAAUCUUAGAGAGGUUGUAUUGGGUAGUUUGGAACUUCAAGUCUGCUUUGAACUUUUUUUUGUUUUGUUUUGUUUUGUAUUUGUCUUGUUUUUUUUUGUUUUUUUUUUUCUUUAAUCAGUCCUUUUGAUAAAUAGUCGUUGACGUCGACACCUACACACUUACAUGAAACUGAUACAAACUAUUUAAAUCCUUAGGAUAACAUUUUAUUUAAAUCACCAUAUUAUUACACUGAAGGAAGUAGUAUAUCAACAACAUUCAGAAGGCUAACAAUAUCGCGAAUAUUUAUACUCUACACUUAGUAACAGCAAUACUAUAUAAGAUUGAGAUCUUACCCACUGUUCAGCAUUUCGCGCCACUGAUGAAAAGGAACGGUUGUCUUAAUAACGUUUGCGUGGAAUGCUUUUAUAGAGGUCAUUGAGAAGAUAGGAUCUGGAAGCAUAACUCAAUUAUUCAGGUAGGCAAUUUAAAUGAUUAUAAAUUAAUGGAAUUAUGAAAUUACUAUAAAUUAAGGUCACGCUUUCGGAUACAAAGUUAGUGCUGAAUUAGUGCACGUAGAGCUAACAGUAUUUUCCUGCUGUAAAGAAUAAUCAAAAAGGCUGUAAAAAGAGCCUAAACAACAACUAAAAUGAAAAGUAAGGUCAUUUAUUUUGCUGAAUUAGGAAGCAGGGAAUAACUUGGGUUCACCGAGUAUUUCGUGAUAGUACAGAAGUAAAAUUGUCCUGCAGUUCAAACUUGAAAAUGGUAUACUCCGCGAUCAUUUUGUGAAUUUACAUGAAACACCUUAUAGCCUGAGAAAAUCUCGUACUAAUUCCCGAACACAAAAUAAAAUUGAAAAUGUUAUAAUCAGUGUAACAUUGAAAUUAUUUAGAAAUAUUUCGAGUUUCGAUAUAUACAAAGUGUUCUGACAUCCUGCAUGGAUACAUACGCCGAUUUCCUAAUUUUCACGCUAGUUAACUAUACCUAGGUAAAGUCAUUCAUUUCCCUAAAAUAAGCAGCCGGUAAUAACUUGGUUUUACUGAGUCUCUCGAGGUAGGUACAGUCGUAUUGUUCAUAUUUCGUUUUAGCCCUGAUUUGCACAUGUGAACAACAAACUUGAGGAUUGUGGUGGUUUUAGUUACUUGUAGACUUACAUAAAUGAUGUCAAUUUCCUUAUCUCUCGUCAUCAUGAAGUGACCUAUUGGUUUUUUUUCCAUACAGCGGUUUCAGAAAACUUCCUCAUUGCGUUGACCAGGAUUUGAAACUUUUUUUGUAUUCUAAUAACUAGUUUUCGUGUCAGUCUAUCCUCUAGAUCAUCUCCUCUUGAUGAAAAUUGUAGUGAAACUCUCAGAAAUGCUUAUUAAGUCUAAAGAACUCACUAGAUUGAAAUUUCUUGUGUAUCAUUUUUCUCCGAUGUCCUUUGUAUUACAGUGUUUACGAGAUAGGAUGUUAUAUAAGUAAAAAAUUGGGUUAAAGCUUUUUCGAGAAAAAAAAUAAGGGCUAUUCCCACUUUCUUGUGCAAAACACGCACUAGAAGAAAGUAGCAAAAUGUUUUUAAAACAAUGGUUUUGCAGACCUUGAACUUAAAAAAAAAUUAUUCCUUUGCUUUUUGAGGUAAAUCUGAAUUUUAAGUAUGAUCCAUGGUGGCGGCCCCUAACGAGCUCCUGACUGGGUUGAGCGUACCUUCCAAUCAAUGAAAACACGAUACGAAUUGUGCUAUGAGGGCCAAGGCCAAUUAUAUGACUUACUAGUCUCCCGCAAAUGUGACGACAAACAACGUGUUUAAAGAUGGUGGCGAAUGGAAACGAUUUCUCAGAAUUCUUUUGUGUGCUCCGCGGAUCUUUCAUACCAAGUUUAGUUGAUGAUUUUUAAGAAACUGGACGUAUUAACACAGAUACUGAAGAAACUUUACGUAUUUUCAUCGAUAAGUGAAAACGAUGGAUAGAGAGAUAAGAUACGUAAUUUAUUCAAUGUCGAAUACAGGAAAACAUUGCGCAAUCAUCCGAAUCAUGUUAAAAACGCGGAACAAUCUAAUAUAAUACAAAACAAAAUAUAAUGUGUAUUAUAAAUAUAUAUAUAUGUAUAUAAAACCCUAAACUAUUAAGGUACAGCUUUAUUUCAAAAAGGCAAAAAUAUUCUUAAUAUAGAUUAUCUUCAAGAGUUAAAAUAUAGGCUGUUCCUGUUGAAGACAAAAAUGUUUUGAAGUAUGCGUCACGGAAUUUCCUUUCUAAGAGGAAAAAAGCUAAUUCCUUUUUCUUGAUUUAAGAGCUAAUUCCUUUUUCUUGUUUUCUCUUUUGUAAGUUAAAGCAAGAUUCUUGGAUAAUAAACUUAAUGAUAUGUUGAGAGAAAAUUACUUCUGCGUGCUAACCUGAAUGGACAGGACACCCAGUGUAACAGACCCAGUGGAAUCUAUAUUAUCAUAGGGUUCUCGGAGAAAACGUGACUGGCUUGGUUUAUUCCCCACUGGGUUUCUGUUCUUAGUUGUAUACUUCCCAUGAAAGCGGAAAGGGUGGCAGUCCUUACAUCUUUACUGGCAUGACAACUUUGAACACCUAUAACAUAUUGCUCUAGCGAGAGGAAAUUAAACGAUUUGCACUUUUUUAUGCGAAAUUGAUUACCUGUGCACCCCGUAUUUUGUUUUUGUCAAUGGUAAUAAGUAAAAACGUUUUAUAUUUUUAGUGCUUCUUUUAAACAAAUAGUGAAGGACGAAAUACACUGGAUUUGUGGAGGUAAUAAUAGAAAGUGACCAGGGACGCAAAAAAAUAGGCAGGUAGAAACAAAUUAUUCUCCGGGUAUCGGGGAGGCUAAAUUUUCAUCGGGUAGACUUGAAUAAACCACUAGGUAGGGCUCACUGGGUUUUUAAAAGAGGGGUGUGACAGGAAUUCAAAACAAAUAUAAACCCUUGCGCUGUUAUAAUGUGAUAAAAUUUGGCCAAACUUGAAGUAAAUUGUUAGAAAAUUCAUCUUAAAGAAAAGAAGAUUUGAAAGAAAAUUUGCACAUCCGCGCAAUUCUAGACAUAUUGUAUAACGUAUGUUCGCUUUUGUUUGUUAAUCAAUCACUUCAUUGAUUAACGCUGAACGGUAUAAACAGUCUUUCGGUUGUUUUAGACAAAGUUGAAAUAAAUUACCGGCUAGGUCGGCUCUUAGUUCAGGUUCACUGAGUGGCACACAAGUACAGGUUUUACUUUUAGCUGUUGGUCAAUCGAUGACCAAUCAUUAUCAAUGAGUUAUUAUUCUACAUCAACCUUUUAGAAUCAUCACAACGCUUGGAUUUUGAACUCGAGAACGAGACAAAUCUAAACUUCUCCUGUGAACAUAUUUCUUGACUUAAGUCCUUAAUCCUGGGCAAGAUGUAAGACGGCCAUCAUCAUCAUCAUCAUUCUCAUCAAAUUAUAAUAAAACAUUUAUAGUAACAUCCCCAACGGGCUUUUCAGAAACUAUUUACAAUGGGAAUCAACUGAAUAAAAAGAGUAAGAGAGUAAAACAUCCUCCAAGUUUUAAAGAAAUAACCUACUUAAUAUAUUAUGAUAUAAUUACGAAAGUUAAUAGGUUACUACAAUUAAAUAAAUUGCAAAUUACACUGAGUAUGAAGAUAUUCUUUCAUGGAUGCCUUGAACUUUUUAAGAGAACUGCUAUGCUUUAUAUUGUUAUCUGGGCUGUUCCAAAUGCUUGGUUGCUCUAAUGCUGAAAGUACGUUGGCCUGAAGCAGUUUUAAAAAGGGGUAUUUGAAGCGAAUCGCGCUUGCAAGUAAAGCGUUACUUUGCAAAAUUCGCUGCAGAGGUGUAGUUUGGAGCAGGGCCAUUUAAACAUUAUAAGCCAUUACAGAGUCUCUGAACAGUAGUAAUUGUUUAAAAGGAAGCCAGUUAAGCUGGUGAAGUGAAGGUGUUACUUGGAUUUGACUAAGAUUUUCCAUUUCAAUCAUCAGGUGAAAGUAGUAUCUAAGUCAAUAAAAAUUGCAAGUACGUUAAGUCUCAACAGGUUGUUAUAAUUAAUCGUUAAUCUGUACUUGGCACUAUGAAUAUAUUCGCUCAAAAAUUGUAUAAGGAAGUGUUUUUUUUUUUUUCAAGACUGGCUUGGGCUAUUAAUGUUGCUUUUGAAGUAAUACCUGGUAACUAAAAAUCCCGGUUAGCUCAGUUGGAAGAGCGCCGGUCUGCCGAGCGGGAGGUCGUGCCUUUCAAACCCCGGCCGGACCAUCGACCAAGGUCUUUAAAAAACUGGUGAGAUCACGCUUGCUGUGAAACCCCCUUCUCAGUUCUGAUGACGCGUCAUUGGGCGGUUACGUGGAGCCAUUGGCCUUGUCUCCUUCAUCUUUGUAUUUCAGUUGGAAGGGGACGUAAAAGAACCCGUGACAUUGUUCGAAAGGAGUAGGGGACGUAGGCCCCGAUCUCAUGGUCUAUCUGACUUGUGCCGUCAUCGGUCUGGGUGGGCAAGGUGAGAUUAAAAUAUGGACUGAAGUGACUGGAAGAGUUCACCUUUACAAGACGACGUCCGAUCUCACCUCUCUGGUUCCUCCGCAAUUCAGCCAUUGGCUGCAAGUAAGGAAAGAUGGCACAGCUCGUCAGUUACUCUAAGGUUACUAAAAGUAACAACCUUAGGACUGAGACUUCUAAAUCUGUUGCUAUAAUACAUUAUUUUAUUACUAUAGCACAUUCUAUGACUUAAGAAUGGCGUCAUAAUGACACCAAGAAAUCAGUUUUUAUCACCAUUAUCAGUUUUUGCUUUUUUUGGUCAUACACUAACUUAAUAUAAAAAUCAUUUAUCCUCUUUAGAUAAAUAUGACGAGCUGCUUACUGGUAUGUCAGUUAGUGUUGUUGUUGAGCCUGGGAAUGGCGUCCUCUGACGUACCUGAACAUACAGGCUCAAUCGAAGGCAUGGAAACAGCUGAAACUGAAGUUGGAAUGCAGGAUGAGAUCUCUGCUCUAGGUGAUAUAAGCGAUGGCCACCUGACUGAAGACGAAGAUGACGAGUUCGAUGAAAACGACGGUGAAAAGUUGGCCGAGGACCCACUGGCAGCAACAUAUAUUGCACCCUCUAGGAAACGCAGAAUACAAUUGGAGGCUAGGCGUAUUUUCUAUACUUUUUGCAAGUGGAUAUAUUUUAGAUCAUUUAGCCGAAAGAGGGAACGACAAACAGCUUUGAGGAAGUAUUACCAGGCAUUUGUGCAUGGAGGAAAGAGCUUUAUCAGUGACGCUGACUUGCUAAUAGCAAAAAAGAGUGAAAAAUGCAGCGCGUGCCUCUUAAAUGAACUCUGCAAACGAAGGCAUAUUCAUUGGUUAUUGAACAUCAACGGCAGACUCCCUGUGUAAGUAAUCCAUGGUAUUAUACAUUGUACUCACUGUCUAUCUUCUCAUUGGCAAAGAGCCUGCAGUUAAUUUUGGCACAACCUACACUGUGAUUAUAGUUAGUUUCUGCUAGCAGAUAACUGAGGAAUCUGUAAGUUGCGUGCACAAUGCAUGAUUUCCAAGAGCAAAGUUAAAUUGUGUUCCAUGCGACGAUGCGUUUUCGUUAUUUAUUUCAAAACAAUGUAGCUAUAAUAAAACAAGAAAUAGAUUCUGUUUUUGUGAUACCCGAAAUAAUCAAGGUCUCUGUAAGUGUUGUAACAGCCUCGGCCAUCACCUCGGCUGAAGUGGCUAGUGCAUAUGUCGGUGCAAGUUUUUGUUUGGGACAGUUAUUAUAAAUUACUCUUACUUUUGCCUACUUUCGAACACGAACCAGACAGAUAGAUUACUUCAUCGGCAGGGCGCGCUUACGGGAUUUUCGCACGAGUUGGUGAUGUAUCAGAAAUCGAAUGAGCUAGCGCAGCGAAUACUUCACGUUUUUCAAGUGACGAUUGAAGCUCGCUAUAAACCCUCUGAGGCUUGACGGUUCAUAAUCGCCCCCAUCUUUUCUUUUCACAGUAACUUAUAUAACCCACUCAGAAUUAAGGUCUUGUGGUUUUAUCUCUUCUAUUUUUUUGUUUUCUAGCUUGGAUUUCAGAAACUCGGAGAACAAGCCAGCAUCUCGUCUAGGUUUCGACAACGUUUUUUUUUGUUGUUUUUCUGUUCCUCGAUAAGCUGGUUAACGGAUUUCUGCAAAGCUGGAAAGCGAAGGCUUUCUCCUUCAGCCAUUAAUUAGCUUCUUCUGGCAAUUUUCAUGAGAUAUUAUCCAAACCAAAAAUCUAAACGUUUUAACUUUUUAACAAAGCUGCCAGAAUAAAAUCUUUAAUCAAAACACAAAGCUACCGAAAACACGGUUGCUUUUGGUGGGUGCGCUGUGAUUGGUCGAAACGUUCUACUCACACAGUGAAAAAGCCGUUUCGCUUUUCUGAUGGGUUGAAUAAAGGCGCGAACCAUGUUUUCACCCAGGUUUGACUCAAACAGAAUCACUCGGUAUGUAUGAAAUAAAAUUAAAUUCCAGAGGCCUGGCUUAUUAACCAUGAAUAACCCCAACACAAGAUGCUAGAAAUCUUUGCAGGCUAUUCGAGCCACGUCACAAUGUGUCUUUUUUUUUUUGAAAUAACUUAAAAACUAUAGAUGGAUUACAUCUAUUUUUAAACUCACGAUCUUUGCCCCUAUCUAAUUUGUCUGCUUAUCAGGAAUGCAAGAAGGAGGAUCUGCAGAAGAAAAAUCGUCCGAGCAGCGAUUAAUCUUUAUUACCCCUUUAGUGCAAUCAAGAUAAAGUGCGAUCCAAAUGCAGAAUUUCGAACCAUCGAUGGGACGUGCAACAAUUUACGUAAUCCUUUCUUCGGGGCAGCCAAUACAACAUUCAACCGACUUUUACCUGCUGAUUAUGGAGAUGGCAUCUCAGCUCUUCGCCGAGCGGUAAAUGGGAAAGAGCUUCCAAACGCCCGUGACGUAAGUCGAUUUGUCCAUGGAAGUAACGCAGACCGAACAAACCCGAACUCUACCAUACUGACUCAUCUGGCUAUGAACUUUGCACAGUUUAUGGAUCACGAUAUUACGUUGGGGGAGGCACAAGGAAUUAACUGCGAGCCUCCCACCAAAAAUCCAGAGUGUGUCAACAUAAGAAUUCCCAAAGGCGAUGCAAUAUUUCGGGACCGGGAAGUUGAUUUUAUAGAAUUGGAGAGAGAUGCUCCUAGCAAGCCAGCCUCCUUCUGCAAACUGGCCCCUCGAGAGCAUACAAACACUCUGACAGCCUACAUUGACGCUUCUAACGUUUAUGGAUCAAGUGAGGAGGUUGCUGACUCGCUUCGCGCCCCAAAUGGCUUACUGAAAGUUAUGGAGAAUCCAGAUGGUGCAAAGCUUAUGGAUUUACUACCUGCCCGCAAUGAAACCACGGAGACUUUUUGUCCAUCACUAGAUCCAAACAGACCGUGUUUUGUGGCAGGAGACAGUAGGAGUAAUGAGAACCAAGGUGAGAACAAUUGCUUUAAUGUUUAA